ACGUCUUAGUUCCCUAUUCUUCGAAUAUAAAUAUCCUCACUCAUCCCCUUCAAACCACACAUAUUUAUCAAUCCAUCUAUCAACUUUGUCAAUUCCUCCUCAUCUCUCAAGCAAUUAUAUCCACCUUCAAGAUGCAAAUCAAAAGUCUCGUUCUCUCUAUUUUCGUCGCUACCGCAUCAGCCGGCUAUGUCCAAAUAUGCGGCAGUGGGAGCGGCGGAACUUGCACCGACACCGGCAGUGCAAACAAGAACAGCUGUAUCGGCCCAGUAAACGGCAAUGGGUUCACAUUCAAGGCUUACGACACCAAACCGAACAGCAUGUCCAUCUUCGCGGAUGAGGGAUGCUGGAACUACAAUGUUGCUACUUGUGAUGAUUGUACCAGUGUUACCUACAAUGGAAAGGGUCCUGUCUGGGCUAUUUUCCACUAGGCUAUUUUCGCGGGAAGUUUACAGGUGGGAUUAUAUGGAAGGGUUGAGAUAUUUUAGGAUGUGAAUCAUAUCGUGAUGUGGAUAUUAUAAAUAUUAGCUGGAACAUUAUCAUUAUGCGUUUGGCACUGACUCGUACCUGUCUGUAUCGGAUAUUUAUUGACAAGAUUUCCGAUUGGUUGUAAUCUAGAGAGGCGCAAGAGCGUC